AUGUCUACCGCCGCCGCACUUCCUCAACAACCUCAACAUUUCCCACAACCCGAGGUCGCCCCCACUUCCACCUCUCCUCAUCCCUCUGAUUCCGAAACAUCGUUGUCCUCCAGGGACUCCUCUAGGUCAGGCUCAAGGUCUAGGAAGCAGGAACAACAGCGUGGUCAGCAGCGAAUGUCGACGUAUUUCCCCUUGGGUUACAAAGAGGCCGCCUACCAGUGGUGGGCAAACCUCUCACCUGCCGCAUCCGAGCGCAAUGUCCUAAAAUAUGUCCCCUACCUCCGGGAGGCCAUCUCCGACUCCGCCAACCCCCAAGGUGCCAUCUCCAAACCCGAUCCCUACGGCCCUCGGGUAUGGCGCUCCACCAUGGUCGCCCUGUCCGGGAAGAACAGGGCCUUGAACGAGUACUCGGUCGAACGCCUCGAUGACUCGCCAGAUGAGACCCUCGUCAUGCUCCACGGCUACGGCGCAGGCCUGGGCUUCUUCUACAACAACUUCGAGCCACUCACGAGGGUCAACGGAUGGCGCCUGUACGCCCUAGACAUGCUAGGCAUGGGAAACUCUUCGCGGCCACCGUUCCGAAUUAAGGCCAAGGACCCAGCGGAGAAGAUCCAGGAGGCCGAGGGCUUCUUUGUCGACGCGCUCGAGGAGUGGCGCAAGAUCCGCAAGAUCGAGAAAUUCACGCUCUUGGGCCACUCCAUGGGGGGCUAUCUGGCGACGGCCUAUGCGCUCAAAUAUCCCGGUCAUCUGAACAAACUGAUUCUCGCUUCGCCCGUCGGGGUUCCCGAAGAUCCCAACGCGACAAAUGCCGAGCUGCCCGAACCGAAGGACUCGACACUGGCGCAAGAGUUCACCCAGAGCCAAGAAAGCAUUGUUCAGCAGGACAGCAACACUAAGACUACAGAUGUGCGCGUCGGCAACAACAAAACGAAGCAGGCCCCCAAGGCUCCACGGAGACAACUCCCUGGCUGGCUUAUAUGGCUGUGGGAUACCAACGCCGUCUCGCCGUUCAGCAUUGUCCGCAUGGGCGGACCCCUCGGCCCGCGCUUCGUGUCCGGUUGGACAUCGCGUCGUUUCAACCACCUGCCACCCGAGGAGGCUACCGCUCUCCACGAGUAUUCGUACAAUUUGUUCCGGCAGAAGGGCAGUGGUGAAUUUGCUCUGACCUAUCUCCUCGCGCCUGGUGCAUACGCGCGAGACCCACUCAUCAACCGCAUCGAUGAGGUUGGUCGGCAGGUCCUGAAACCCGCCUCCGAGGGCCAGCCAGCAAAGCGCGAAACUGGCUUUCCCAUCGUCUUGAUGUACGGAGACGGGGACUGGAUGGACGUCGGAGGCGGCUUCGCUGCGGAGGAGAAGAUAAAGGCACGGAUUGAGAAGGCGCUGAUGGAAGGCACAGAGGAGGAGAGGAAAAACGAGAAUGGAAGCGCAAGAGUGGUCGUCGUGCGGAAGGCUGGCCAUCACUUGUACUUGGACAACCCGGAUGAGUUCAACAAGUACAUCGUGAAGGAGCUGGAAGAGACGAGGGACUACAACAGAAGGAGAAGAUCCCAAGGUCUGUCUGUGUAG